AUGGGUCUAUCAUUCACCCUGAAACUAGGCCUGUUCGCUGCUUUGGUUUCUUACCUGGCCGGCCCCAUCGGUCACCUUGUACAGAUCACCGGAGUGUUUCUCACCCCCGUCCCGACAGUACUGGGAGAAGGCCAAGGUCCCAUCUACAUAGCGGAUACCGUCCAUUGCGAAGAUGUGCAUCACUACCGGCCUGCAAACUUGCUGUUCACCGCGUGUGAAGACCACAAGAGCACGCGCUUCAGCUGGUUCCCUCCCCUCGGACACAUGUCGCCGCCGGGGACCCGCGGCUCUCUCCACGUUGUGGACCCCAAGACCAUGAAAUCUACCCGGCUGGCAUUCACCAACUUUGAAGGCCCUUUCGUGACCCACGGUGUUGACAUCGUGGAGGAUCCCAAGGCCAAUGCAGUCUAUAUCUUCGCCGUCAAUCACCUGCCUAAUCCGGCCUAUUUCGAAGCCGGCGAACCCGAUGGCGUGCACAAAGCCCGCUCCCAGAUCGAGCUCUUCCACCAUGUCCUGGGGUCCUCGACUGUCCAGCAUGUACGCUCUAUUUAUCACCCCCUGGUUGAGACCCCCAACGACAUUUACGCGGAGAGUCCGGUCUCUUUCUAUGUCACCAAUGACCAUUUCUACCGCGAGGGUGUCAUGCGCAUGGUAGAGGACUUCUGGUCCUCUGCAAAGUGGUCUAGCAUCAUCCACGUGCAGAUCGACAGUCUUAGCAAGGACAGCAAUGUCGAGGCCUCCGUCGCCUUGCAAGGUCUCUGGAAUAACAAUGGCCUCGGCCACGGACGCACAGAUAAGGAAAUGAUCAUUUCCAGCGCCGUUGGCGGCGAGCUCUACGUCUCUACCCCUCAUUCAAAUCACACCAUUGAAGUACAGGAGACCAUUCCCUUCCAGACCGUCACCGAUAACCCAAGCUACUAUGCGGAUCCGUACCGCACGGACACCGACGAUGCUAGCGGGUUUGUUGUGGCGGGUAUCUCGCAAGCUGUCUAUUUGGCCUCCAAUGCUCGGAACCCGGAUGCCACUGACGCUUCGCAGGUGUGGUAUACCCGAUACCUGUCGGAUACUGGCGUCUGGGAGAAGAAAUUGUUGUUCGAGGAUGAUGGGCUGCGGAUUCGGACUGCUAGUGCGGCUGUUUUGGUGCCCAUUGAGCCAAAGGAUGACAAGAAGCUGGCUUGGUUGUUUGUCACUGGGUUUAUGUCCGAGAGUAUGAUUGCUGUGCAGGUUGAGCUGUAG